AUGGACGAAUCUCAAGAGCCCUUGAUUUCCGAAGAGAGGUCCGACGAUGACUUUGCGCGGGGCAACGAUGGACUGCGGCGCAAAGCGCAUGGCCAGACCGAGCUGGGCACGUUUGUCCUACUCCUGACUUUUGCGGCUGGUAUUAGCGGCCUGCUGUUUGGCUACGACACUGGCGUCAUAUCCGCGACCCUAGUCUCCAUUGGCCCCGCGCUGUCCGGCCGGGAGCUAUCCUCGCUCGACAAAUCGAUCAUUACAUCCGCGACCGCUCUCUUUGCGCUGAUAGCGUCGCCCGUCUCCUCUAUUCUUGCCGACCGUCUCGGGCGGCGGCAGGUGAUUCUCUACGCGGAUGUGCUCUUCAUCGUUGGUGCUGCGCUGCAGGCGGUCAGCUCGACGGUCGCGCUCAUGGUCGUCGGGCGAUGCAUAAUCGGCGCCGGCGUCGGCGCAGCGAGCUUUGUCGUGCCGCUCUACAUUGCCGAGAUUGCGCCCGCGGCGCACCGCGGACGGCUCGUCACGACCAACGUCAUGCUCAUCACUGCGGGCCAGGUGGUGGCCUACGUCGUCGGCUGGCUGUUUGCGACGCAUGCGCCGGCUGAGACGGGGUGGCGCUGGAUGGUCGGCCUCGGGGCCGUGCCGGCGGCGAUACAGGCUGCGCUGAUUGCGUUUAUGUCUGAGACGCCGCGCUGGCUUGUCAAAGCGGAUAGAGCAUCGAAGUUGAGCUGGCUGGGCGGCUGGGAAGAGCUGCUCAAAGUGGGCCAGAAUCGACGUGCCCUGGCUAUUGCUUGUCUGCUGCAAGGUCUACAGCAGCUUUCCGGAUUCAACUCGCUCAUGUACUUUUCCGCAACGAUAUUCACACUGGUCGGAUUUAGUAGCCCCACGCUGGCAUCUCUCAGUGUAGCGGUGACCAACUUCAUCUUCACUGGCAUUGCUCUGGUUCUCAUAGAUCGCAUCGGUCGACGCCGUAUACUGCUAUACUCGCUCCCGUUCAUGGUGUGCGGCCUCUUGCUUGCGUCGCUGGGGUUCUCAGCGCUCGCCAUUCAUACGAACCCUAAGGCGUCGCGCGGUGCGCCGCCCGUAACGGGAAGCAUCAGCGCGGCCAGCAUUAUUCUUUUCAGCAUCAUGCUCUAUGUGGCUUCAUAUGCCAUCGGUCUGGGCAACGUGCCAUGGAUGCAGAGCGAGCUGUUUCCCAUGGCGGUUCGCUCGCUGGGCAGCGGCGUCUCCACCGCGACCAACUGGUCGGCCAACUUUGUCAUCGGGCUGACGUUUCUGCCGCUCAUGGAUCUAUUGACGCCACCGUGGACGUUUGCGCUGUAUGCGGGCAUCUGCCUCGUGGGCGAGGUGUUGAUCUGGCUGAUAUAUCCCGAGACGGCAGGGCUGAGCCUGGAAGAGGCGACAUCGUUGCUGGAGCACGGUUGGGGUGUAAGACGGUAG